CGGAAUUCCGAGGAAAUAUGAUUUUCCGAGGAGAUAUUUCCGACGACUUGUUUCUUCGGUAUGUCCUCGGAAUAGCGUUAUUCCGACGACAUACCGACGAUUUUUUCCCUCAGUAUACCGCUGUUUUCUUGUAGUGAUUUGCAAAAGGAAAAGAAAACAAGUCUACUCCAAAUGAAUUAACAUAGUUUUACGAAAUCUAGAUGGAUCUGGAUAAAAUACAUACUUAUUUUUUAUUUGUUUAAGCUCUAUUAUAAUCAGGGGCGGACCCACCACCAGAGAGGGUGGGGCACGUGCCACAUACUCUUUUUUUUUUACAAUUUUUUUUUUUACUUCAAACCAAAGAAAAAUAGAUGGGUCUUGUUACAAUUUGUUUCUUUAACUUCAGCCCAAUUGAAAAUAAAAUAUGUAGACAGCCCAUCAGUUUUUGUUACAAUUUUAAUUAUCCAACCUAAAUAAUUAUUAGUCUAAAAUUUAAAAACCCUAAUGUGUUCCUAAAUAAACUUACGUUCUUCUCUUUUGAAAAAAAAAAAUUUGCAGAAACUUUAUUCAUCAUCUUUAAUACUUUUUUCUCGUUGUUUCUUUGGCAUCUUUUCUAAGUAAGUUUAUACAUCAUUGUUAAUACUUUUUAUUAUUAUUUAGCCUUAAUUACUAAGUUACUAACAUAAUUUUUUUUAGGUAUCCAUGGAGAAAUAUUUCAAAAAACAGUGUUUAUCAUCAUCAAAAGUUAAUUCAGAGAAUUUGCCUUCUAGUUCUUCACUACCAAAAACCAACACGGAGAAUUUGGCUUCUACUCCACCAAUAUCAGCAUCAAAAACUAAUUUGGAGAAUUUGCCUUCAGAUCCUGCAGAGAGAAAAAGUAUAAAGGAAUAUCAUCCAAACGAAAGAGAUGAGGUAAGACGAAAAUAUCUUACUAAAGGUCCUUGUCAACCUCGCGGUCAUGAUUUUCCUAAAACACUGAAAGGACAUAAGCUUAGAAGAUUUAAUCCUGCUUGGUUUGAUCUCUACGGUGAUUGGUUGGAAUAUAGUAUAAAAACAGACAAAGCAUUUUGUUUGGUUUGCUACUUAUUUAGAGACUAUACUGAAAAUAAAUGUGGAAGUGAUGAAUUUGUGAUAAAAGGCUUUGAUACUUGGAAAAAUCCAAAGAGAUUAGGAGAGCAUGUUGGAUUGGUGAAUAGUUUUCACAACAAUGCUCUAAAGAUGGCUGACAAUCUAAUGAAUCCAAAUCAAUCGAUCGUUCAGGCUUUUUAUAAGCAGAAUGACGCAGCCAAGAAUGAAUACAAGAUCAGAUUGAAUGCUUCAAUUGAUGCUUGUAGAUAUUUAUUACGGCAAGGAUUACCUUUUCGAGGUCAUGACGAAUCAACAGAGUCAGCUAAUAAAGGAAACUUUGUAGAGCUUGUGAAGUAUACUGCAGAUCAAAAUGAAAUUGUUAGUAAGGUUGUAUUGGAGAAUGCUCCAAAAAAUAACCAGAUGGUGUCUCAUAAAAUCCAGAAAGAUCUAGCUCAUUGCUUUGCAGAAGAAGUUACUCAGUCUAUUAUUCAAGAGCUUGAUCAUGGUGUAUUUUGCUUGCUGGUGGAUGAGUCUGCAGAUGUUUCUACUAAAGAGCAAGUGGCAGUGGUUUUUCGUUUUGUUGAUAAAAAGGGGAUAGUCAAAGAAAGAUUUGCUGGUAUUAUUCAUGUUCAAGAAACUUCUUCUGCAUCUCUAAAAUGUGCCAUCGAUUCAUUUUUUGCAAAACAUGGAUUAAGUAUGAAAAAGCUAAGAGGACAGGGUUAUGAUGGAGCUAGCAAUAUGAAAGGUGAAUUCAAUGGGUUGAGAUCUUUAAUUCUAAGAGAAAAUAGUUCUGCAUAUUAUGUUCACUGCUUUGCUCAUCAGCUUCAGUUGGUUGUCGUGGGAGUUGCUAAAAAACAUUUUGAAGUUAGUGAUUUCUUUGAUAAGAUUCAUGUUUUGUUAAAUGUGGUUGGAGCUUCUUGUAAGAGAAAAGAUAAGAUUCGAGAAGAUCAACGUAAGAUAAUCGAGGAAGGAGUUAGGGAGGGUAAAAUUAAAACAGGAAAAGGACUAAAUCAGGAGUGUUCUAUUCAAAGGCCUGGUAAUACUCGUUGGGGUUCUCACUACAAAACUUUAUUGAGAUUGGCUGAUUUAUUCACUUCCAUCAUUAAAGUGCUUGAGUAUGUCGAAAGUGAUGGGUCAGAUGGUAUCAAGAGAUGUCAAGCUAAUGGUCUUCUCAAAUACUUUCACACGUUCGAUUUUGUGUUCUACUUACAGUUGAUGUUGCUUCUUCUUGGUCUCACUCAUAAUCUAUCAAAGGCUUUACAAAGAAAAGAUCAGGACAUCUUGAAUGCAAUGUCUCUAGUGAAAUCUACCAAGCAACAAUUGUGCAAGCUCAGAGAAAAUGGAUGGGAUUCAAUCAUUGGAAAGGUGAACUCUUUUUGCAAGAAUAAUAACACAGAGUUAUUUAUUAUGGAAGAAGAAUUUGUUAAUCCAAAGAGGCCAAGACAAAGAAGCAACAUAACAAACUUGCAUCAUUAUCAAGUUGAAUGUUUCUACACUGUAUUGGAUAUGCAGAUUCAAGAGUUCAAUGAUCGUUUUGACGAGAUAAACACUGAAUUGCUUGGUUGUACUGCAUCUUUGAGCCCCACUGAUUCAUUCCACCAGUUUGAUCAAUCAAAACUUGUACGGUUGUCAGAGUUUUAUCCUGAAGAUUUUAGUUCUAUGGAACGAAUAUCUCUUGGGCAUCAACUUGGUAUUUACAUCGACAAUAUCUCUGAAGAUCAAAGGUUUGCUAAUUUGGAGGGUCUUGGAGAUCUUGCACGUGUGAUGGUGGAGACCAAAAAACAUCUUUCACAUCCUCUUGUUUAUCGACUUUUGAAGCUAGUUUUGACUCUACCUGUUGCCACCGCUACAGUCAAGAGAUCUUUCUCUGCGAUGAAAAUUGUGAAAACUACCUUGCGCAACCGAAUGGAUGAUGAAUUUCUGAACGAUUGCAUGGUUUGCUAUACUGAAAAAGAGCACUUUGACGAAGUGACUAACGAUAUGGUGAUAAAAAGAUUCCAAGAUAUGAAAGAUCGAAGAAUGACAUUAUAAGUUUUUUCAUUGCUUUUUUUAUAUUAGAGAUUUAUGUUUUAGUUGUCAUUAACUAUUUCAGUUUGAUUUUAAUAUUUAUAUUAUAUUAAUUAUUUUAUUCAUUAUAAAUUAAAAUAUAUAUGUGCCACAGUCUAACUAAAUUUCUUGGUCCGCCCCUGAUUAUAAUACAGAUUUAGUAAUAUAUAUAAUUCAAUCUCCCUAAUAUUCUCUAAGAACAAAAAAACAAUUGAUCAAAUAUUUGAAACUCAGCAUUUGACAGAAAGAUCACCAUCAUUCAAUUGUAAAUUAACCAUUAUUGCUUCUAUUGUUGAAUUAGCAUAUAUAUUAUAUUGUUUUCAAAAUAUUUUAUGUUUUAUUAUUGUGAAUGACAGAAAACAAAAAUCUAUUAGGAAAACGAGUUAUUGUGUAGGAAGAAGCGUUUGUGUGUCGUGGAUCAUCGGCCUCUCCUUCGUUUCCUUACUUCAUAAGUAUGUGACUUUGCUAUGCAUAUAAAUUACUUUUUCUGUGUGUGGCUAGUGGUUAAUUUUGACUAAUAAUUUAUCAAUAAAAUACGCAACUAGCUCUGUUUUUACUAUGCAAAAACUCAAAUUUUAAAUUUAAAUUGCAAAAAGUUGUUAAUGAUUACUUUGGUCAUCAAUAAAUUCCAUACUUUCGUGGAAAAAUAAAUAGAUUGAAAUCACGAACACUUACAUUACUGCCACAUAGAUUUUUAAACAUCUUAAUUUAUGAGUCAUUGCACCUGAUAUAAUUCACAGUAUUCAUCUGUUUACCAAUUACCAAUAAAGAAAAUAAGAAGAAAGAAACCUUUGGUAGUGGCACAAUUCUGGUAACGAGAGAAUCCGUUGGUCGAUCAGUAAAAGCAUCAGAGUGGGAAUAUAAGAUAUGAUCGUCCAUGCAUUUUGUAAUAUAUGAUCACGUGUGUAAUAAACAUAACUUGUUUUAGUUACCAAGUAUUGUUUAUGACAUUCAGUCUCUGAUUUGCCAAAUUCUAAUCAUGUUGGUAAUAUUGUCCUAUUUGGAGGCGUUAUUAUAUACUAGUAUAUGCAGAAGCAGAACAAUUAUCAUUCACAAGUUUUUUUUAUUACAGAUUGAAUAUGCCUUGUAAUCUUGUAUAGUUAUGUUAGGCAACAAAAAUGUGGCCUUGAUCAUUAGUUUAACAAUAAAGAAUAAAAAGAGAUAGCUGCCAUAGAAAGAACUUUAUUACGUUAAUUGAGCCGCUAUUACAAGCAUAAAAUCUGCAUUAUAUAACACGGGUAGAUAUUAAAGACUAAAACAGUAAAAAGACAUUAAUGCUUUGUUACAAAGAAAAGUUGAAUUUAUGUUAAAAAAAAGUUGAAUAAUGACUAAGGAGAGGAACUUUUUUUCCACGAUAUUAAGCUAGGUUGUAUAACUUCUUAAUGAGAGGAAUCUUGUCUCCAUGAUAUAUGUUAAAUAUAAACUAGGUGAUAGUUUCAUACAAUAUAUGAUUUUCAUAGUACACACACAUUAAUGCAAUAAUCGAGUUGUAUCAGAAUAGGAUGACUAAACCUUUGAUUUUUGGUAGUAUAUUCAAAACUCAAAAGAAUCUGGAAUGGAUCUUGUAGUUUUCUGGUACAUAUCAGGGAAAGAAAGAAAAGAAAGAGAUCAUUUCCCAUUAAAACGAAAGCAGUAAGUGAGGAGGAGAACAUAUUCUUCCUCUUCUUUUUCCCUCCCUCCCUCCCUCCCUACCUCCCUCCCUCCCUCCCUGCAGCUUAGACCAUAAUUAACAGCACCCCUUAGCAUGACUCUUAAGGGGUGGGGCCUACAUUUUUAUUAAAAUUCAGCUCCUCCUUUUCUUCCGCAAGAGGCGAGUCUGCUUUGGUUCUGGUGUUGUUCGCGGGCACCACUGACACGUGACGGUCCGCGAAUGGUUUGUUUUUUAAUUUUUUUUUUAAAUCAGAUAAACAAAACUAAAAAAAAAAACAGCCAACGGCGGGUUUCUGAGAGUUACGGCUGUUGUGGUGGAGGAGUGCGCCGUCGAAACGAGGCUGGUGAAAGAGAACUUUUGACUCAAUUCGCGGCGGAGAUGAAAUUUUUUUUUCAGAUAGAGUUCGUUCUGAUGAAGACGUUCGAGAUGUUAUCUUUCAAGCCGAUUAGGUUCGUGGACGGAGAAAGAUCCGUCGUGUUGAUAUCUCCGGCGAUCAUCCGUAGUCUAAAUGGAAUCGCUGAGUUUGUGAAUAACUUAGGAAUAGUGUCGCCUAACGUUGUCGUUUUCGUGGUUAGAGAAGGAUGUACGGAUACAGCAGGAUCUUGUUCGUUCCAGCGGGAGUUUGUUAGCGCUUUUGAGUUCUACACGAUGGUGAUGGAGUCGUUAGACGCCGCCGCCGCUCCUCCGGGAGAUUUGGUGAAGAAGAUCGUGGAAGCGUUCGUGUUACGGCCGAAGAUCUUAACGGCGGUGGAAACGGCAGCAGAUAGGUGAAACGCCGGCGAGAUGACGUGGCGGAAAAUGUUCAGCGCCGCCGGGAUGAGACCGGUGCAGCUAAGCCAGUUUGCUGACUUUCAAGCUGAGUGUUUACUGGAGAAGGCACAAGUCGGAGGGUUCCACGUGGCGAAGCGAGAAGGAGAGUUAGUGCUGUGCUGGCAUUGGAGGGCACUCGUUGCCACGUCAGCUUGGCGCUUUUAGAUAACCCUAGGAUAGUCUGGUUUGGUUUAAGAAAUGAUAUAGAAUCGAAUUGUAACUACUCCUUUAGUUUAUUCCCUUUAAUUUUGAAUAAAUAAAAUUAUUUCAUCAAAAUACUCUGUUAGAGCUAGUCUUUAAAAUCAUUCAAAAUAACAUCUUUCCUAAAAAUAAACAAAACAAGAUAAACCCAAAAGUCUUAUUUGAAAAACUCAUUUAUAUACUUUAUGUUUUUCUGAUAACAUACAUACAAUACUACUUUUUUUUGGAACACACAUACAUUACUACUAUAAACAAGUGUUGAUGAACAAAAACAGAUGUUUGUAAGAAAUCAUUAACACUUGUAAAUAGAACUUUUAUACAACCAGUUAAAACUUAAAAGUAAUAUUUUCGUAACAAUAGUUAAAUGAAAUUUCUCUAUCCAAAGUUUACACCACAAAGAAAAAACUAUACAAUCCUAACACAUACAUCUUUUAACAAAAUUAAUGGACCCGAUUUAAGAGAAAAUAUCCUGAAUAAUUUAAUUUGAUUUGAUCUUGAAAAUCAUACUUUGUUAAAUAUAUUAACAAAACUUAAUACAAAGUUGACGACAAAAGAUCUAAGACAAGUCUAUGUUGUUUAUUUAUGAUUUUUCUCUCUAAUGUUGGACUAAGAAUACAUCAUCUGCUAUAUCAUAGUCACUAUCAUCUAUCGGAAUUGAAGCGGAAACGAAAGACAUGAAGAAUCAAUUAAGCUUAUAACAUUUUUAUGGCUUCGAUUCAUAUUGGUUACCAAUCUUUCCGAAUUUGGCACUUUGUUCAACUUUAAUUUCCAGUUGAUUUGCAUUCAACAAAAGUUACAAAUACGCUAAUAAAUAUUUUCAUAUAAAUGCACACUGGUGAAGUAAUGUAUAUUGGGUCAUAUGUUUUUUUCUCAAAUGACUGGAGAAAAAAAAUUCAAGAUUGAUUGAGUUUAAGUUAAACAAAUAAGUAAAAAAAAAAGAGUAAAUUUGGAGCAAACAUUACAAUUUUAAACAAUGAUUUUUUUACAACAUUAACUAGUGAUAUAUUAAUAGAUGAAGAUCAUCUUAGUUCUCUUCAAAAAGUUUUGAAGCUCUUCAAAGUCCUCAUCUUCAAUCACCAUGUAUGGUUUACAACUUCAGUCAGGGUGGAGAUGGGCUCUCGCGUCAGGUCUUGGCAGUUGGACGAGGGAGGGACUCUAAGCUUGUUGGUUGGCUACCGGAGACUUUAGAGACAUGCUUGAGAGUGUACAGUUACCCGUCAGGAACAUGCGGCUCUUGGACGUUGAGGAAGGCUUCCCCGUCACACAUACCUAUGAGGAUCUUUCGAGGCUUUACUUGGGGUACGAAAUGAGUAAAGUCAGCGUUGCUGACAUUUCACCUGACGAGGAAGAUAUAAUGGCUUUACCUGUCCAAGCCUUUGUGUACCUAAAGCGCGCAAUGGAUUUUCAUGGUAAUGAUGAAGAUAAUUAGUGAUGCUACUACUAAUUAUUGUGAUGUUGAAGAUGAAGAAUAAUGAAGAAGUUUGAUGUUUACGUGUGUUUCUUAUCUUCGAAUCAGUGCGUCUAGUUUAAGCUUUUUUAAUUCAUGUUUGUUAAGUUUCUCUAGCUGGUGACUUUAUUAGUGCAUGUGUGUUUAAAUUUAGAAGUUGUUACUGUAGUGGCCUUAUUAGUUUCUGCUUUUUAAGGUUAAGUUGUUGUUGUAGUUGGCCUAUGCAUGUUGUCUUGGUGUGUACUCUCUCUAUCAAUGUUAAAAAUAUGUUUGUGUGUUAUUGUUACACUACAAAAAAAAAAGAGGGUGGACUGAAUCACUUAAAUUGCAACUUAUUUAUAAAUGAUACGAUAAAAUACACAACUACUCUGUUUUUACUAUGCAAAAACUAAAAUUUAAAUUUAAAUUGAUAAAAGUUGUCAAUCAUUACUUUGGUCAUGGGUAAAUUUCAUAGUUUCAUGAAAAAAUUAAUAAAUUGAAAUCACGAAAACUUAUAUUACUACCACAGAUUUCUAAACAUCUUAAUUUAUGAGUCAUUGCACUUGAUAUAAUUCACAGUAUUCAUCUGUUUACCAAUUACCAAUAUAGAAAGGAAUAAGAAAGAAACCUUUGGAAUUGGCACAAUUAUGGUAACGAGAGAAUCCGUUGGUUGAUCAGUAAAAGGAUAUUGUUUUUUUUUUAACGUUCAUUUAUUAUGAUAUUACAAUUAUAAUACGAGAAAGAUUACAUAGACGAUUCGACAACCGACAAUACUAUAUGUCUUAUGAAGACUUACGUCUAACUGCAUCACCUGAGCCAUCCUAUGAAGAUCCACGUCUGACCAGAUUUACUUGCACUAUGUUGAAGAUCCCUCGUAAGCCUUUAUUCCGUAAUCUGUAUACUUAUUUAAUAAAUCGCUCUCUCCGGGACUUGAAACAUGAAUUUUCUAUAAUCUGUAAUAAAUUGCAUAGUCUGGGAUUCGAAUCUCAAACCUGGGUGUAGAAGCCUUUAAAAAUUAACCAGUAGAUUACGGUGCUUCAACAAUAAAAGGAUAUUGUCAUAGUGGAAUAUAAGAUACGAUCGUCCAUUCAUUUGUUGUAAUAUAUAAUCACGUGUAUAAUAAACAUAACUUGUUUCGGUUACCAAGUAUUGUUUGUGAAAUUCAGUCUUUAUUUUGUCAAAUUCUAAUCAUGUUGGUAAAAUAUUGUCCUAUUUGGAGACAUUAUUAUAUACUAGUAUAUGCAGAACAAUUAUCAUUCACAAGUUUUUUUUAUCACAGUUUGAAUAUGACUCGUAAUCUCUUAUAGUUACGUAAGGUAACAAAAAUAUGGGCUUGAUCAAAAGUUUAACAACUAGAUGAUUAUCCGCGCGGGAUGAAUUAAAAUAAAAAUAGUAUUUUUUUUAUGGGAAAAUCCCACGAAAAACCUUCAAAGUGUCAAGUACUUCCACUUUAAACCUCCAAAUACUAUGUUUCCAUAAUAAACCCUAAAACUGACAGCAUUCUUAACAAAAACUCUAAAAGUGGCUUACGUGUUUUGUCUUAUAUUUGGAUAGACAGAAUUAUAAACUCUGUUAACGUCGUAACUAACUCUGUUUCCUUUUGAUAAAAUAUGUGCUUUAUUGUAAUUACUUAUAUUUUAAUAGAACCAUCGGAUAUGUUUUGAAAAUAAUAAAAUAUUUUAAAGCGAAAACAAUAGGACGACGACGACGAAGGAGAUGGCUUCUCUGAAAUCUCCAUUUUAUAUGAUCAUCCUCUUCGCCUACGGUGUUGCAAUUUCAUCAUCGUUUCUUGUCAGAGCACAUGAACAGAAACGAAGAGACGAGAAUCGUUGCGUAGGUUCCUUCUAGGUUUCAAAGAAACUUCGAAGGGAAGCAACGUCACCUUCGAAUGCUCUCCUUCAGGUCCUUGUGUUUCUUGCAAUUCCUCUGAAAGGAGAAAAGAGAAGUAUCGUUGCAGUGAAACGGGUUAUAGAAUUCCUUUUAAAUGCAGAGAGGUAAGAGGAGAAGAAGCUUCACACAAGAAAGAUGCAAAAGAGACUCAACAAAGGGAUCAAUCUAAUGUCAAUGAUGAGGGUGACGAAGAUGUUGUUGAUGCAUUUGUGAAACAGAGGAAUCUGCAUGAUGACUCUUCACCGAAAGCCUAGAAGUCUCAGUCUUAAAAAACUUAUAGAAGCUGUUUUCCUCCUGCGAAUGAGGAGAGAGUAUCAGUUCUUGGUUUUGAGGCGUUUGUGCUAGGACUGUUACUUGUAAGCGGAUCAGCUGUAUACUACAGAAAGAAACAGACAGUACGGAUGGCUAGAGUAUCCACUGGAAGAACACAGAGCUUUUGAGAGCACUCCUUUUUCGAUAUGUAAAAGCUUUCAAGUGCUCACUAAGUAACAGAUUCAACGUUUUUCAUUGAAACAGAGAUAUUGCUCGAGUGUAUAGAACAAGCUUUUAGGGGAUUUCAUAUAAUUGGAGACUACUUGUUUCGUAUAAAUGACAAAUUGCUGAAAAAUAGAAAACCAUAAAGUAAUAAAAAUCUACCCAGAGACAAAAUAGAGUAAGAAUAGUUUAAUAUUUUGAUCUUGUGAUUCAAAAUUUACGAGGCCUUCGUAUGUUAAAAAGAAAAAAAAAUUAAAUUCAACUACUCCAUUGUAUUUCUUACGAUAGUAAUCGAAAUAAAGUAAGAGUCACCAAAAAAGGAGAAACAACAUCACAGCUAUUCAAAGUUUUAUUCUGGAGGUUGUGAAUCAGUGAUAGACCUAUCAUAAACUCUGUUUCCAAAGACCUCGAAAGGCCGAUCUGUGAAGGGGCUCCAUAACGUUCCACUCCCACUUGGAAUGUUACCGAUCUUUCUUAUCUUCAAUGGUCGUCCUCGUGAAGCCUUCUUCACAUGUUUGGCUGGUUGGUUGGAGGGGACAGAUUGCUGAGGAGCACUAGAAGCAGCAGGAAAUGCAUAACUUGAUUGAGCUGUUUGUAACGGCUGAGAGCUUGAUCCAACUGAUGGACCGCUUUUAUUUUUUCUUGGUUUUGGUUGACGUUUUGGGUGAAUCUGAAUCAUGAAAAUCAAGUCAAAAAUCUGUUACACACCAACCAGUUCAGCUGCAUAUCGAAAAAAUUAACAAAAAAUACCUCUGCAGGGUGUUUACGAGGUCUACCACGUCUAUUUUUUGGGCCUUCUACAACGACUGGUUCAUUUUUACAUCCGCUUUUUAUAUGUCCAGCUUGAUCACAACGGCUGCAAUGUGAGAUUCUACCGUGUCUUGUAGAUUUACCCGCAUUUUGUAGUGAUUCAAAAGGUUCCUUUCUCCUGUCACGUUUUUUAGGUCUACCUCUUGGCUUACGUAUGUCGGGUAUUCCAAUUGGAGGCUUCUCUAUCUUAUUCCACAACGUCUCACCAUUUACAGGCCUGAUGUUAUCAGCAUAUGUGUUUUGAAGGCAUAAAGAUGAAUAAUAAUCAGAAACAUAUUUCUCAGCAUCGUCUUGGUUGUCAUCUAAUACACAUAUUGCAUGUUUGCAUGGUAUUCCUGCAUUUAUAAUACAAAACAGCAAUACAAAACAUAGAUUAAGUAUCAUAGAAUCAUUAGAAAUAUGUUAACAAUAAAACAAAUGAAAGCUAAACAUUAAAAAAAAAUUAGAGUUUGUUCCACAUACCAGUAAGGUCCCAACGGCGACAAGCACAUUGAUGUGUUGCUAGGUCAACAGUAUAGCCAACAUCAAACUCAUUUACCUCGUAUAAAGUUGUUCUGCUGCGUAUUGUUGAGCAAAAUUUCUUAGCAACCCUUGCUUUCUCUAAUAUAGCCAUUGUAAUUGGAGUGAGAUGGGUGCUACACUUCUCUGCUUGCAGCCAUCUACGAGAUAUUCUUUUUAUUGCUUGUCUUCGUAUGUCCUCCAGCAUACUAAUCACAGGCUUUGUUCUUGCCAUUUUGAUCGUCCUGUUGAAAGCUUCAGAUAGAUUGUUAUGCACAUCGGCACAAUGCGACUCUGGAUUAAAAAAAGCUCUACACCAUUUCUCUGGCUCCGUUUUAAGCAACGCCUCAUACGCAAAUGGAUCAUAUGUCUCUACCAUCUUCAUUUUAUCCUUAUAUUCCCCUUCAUGAUAGCUGUACGCCACACCCCAAAACAGAUUUUUAUAUUCUGACCGGGAAAAAGAUUUUUUCCAAUUACCAUAUAUAUGUCUUGCACACAUACGAUGUUCUGCUUUUGGAAGCUCGGCAGCUAUGGCAUGGAUAAUACCCUGAAAAACAAAUAUGUUAUCUUCAAACUCAAAGUUCAGAUUAUAUAAUUAGCACUGAUAUUACCAUGGAAAUUAAGCACAUAAUAAAUUACCUUUUGCUUAUCAGAAAUGAUAGUAAGAUUACUGCCUAUUCCUAAGUUGAGAUCUAGUUUGAGUUUUUUCACAAACCAGCCCCAAGUAUCCUUGUUUUCACGUUUAACAACAGCCCACGCAAUGGGAUACAUCUUGUUAUCUGCAUCUCUACCGACAGCUGCAAGCAAAUCACCUUCCAAAUCCCACUUUAAAAAGCAUCCAUCAAGGCCAAUUACUGGUCUACAACAUUUCUUCCAAGUCGUCCGAAAUUCUUCAAAACAAAUGUAGAAACAAACAAACUGUUGUACACCAUUGACAUCAGCAGUACAAAUCUCUGUAGUGAUAUCUUUGUUUGAUCGUUUAAGCUCAGCCUCAUAAUCCCAUAGCUUACCAAACUGAAUGGUUUGAGCUUCAAGGACUGUGUCCAAAGCAAUUCAUCUGGCUUUGUAACACUUUGAAAUAUUGACAACGAUGUUAUAACGUUCUUUUAUCAUGUCUUUUAUCUCUGCAGCCUGCAAAUUAACAUUUCUUCUGAUUUCUUCUCUAAACAGACCCGCAAUCACACCUUGCUUCAGCAUUGAUACUCGACUUGAUUUUCCAUGGUUAUGCUUGUUGUGACAAACUUUCACCAUCCACUUGUUCAAUGGCCGCUCAACCGAACAAUAUAUUCUCCAAUGACAGUCACUCUUGCAACAUAUAGCAGCUAUCCUUGUUGCUUCUGAUUUUGCCAUUUUAACAUCAUAUUGAGUAUUCAAUGAGUAGCGUAGUAGCUGAUCCUUGAACUCUAAUCCACUAUUGAAUUUCUGAAACAACCAUAUGUAAGGUUCUUUGUCAAAAUCUCCAUGAAAUUUUUCUUUUCCUUUUUCUCUUUUAGGAUUUUUCCAUUGCUCCCACUCUUCGUCUGAACUUAACGGUGUAUCUGGAUAUUGGACGUCUUCUAAGCCAAAUUCAGGAUCAGAUUCUUCUUCGUCCCUUUCUUCUUUUGCCUGUUCUGCAGCUAAAGUACGAGUUACUUCAUUCAACUUGGGACUUCUUCUAGUACCCUCCUCAAACAGGGACUGAAAUCUGUUAUCAUCACCACCAUUUCCUGCGUCUAAAAUAACCUCAUCUCCAUCGUUCACCAAAUUACGAACGCCCUUAUUCUGCAAAUCAUCACCAUGAGCCUGCAUUUCUUUUAAAUCAUCAGCACGGGCCUGUGUUUCUUUUAAAUCAGCACCAUGAUCUUGCUUCUCAUUCAAAUCACCAUCACGAGUCUGCAUUUCUUUUAAAUCAUCACCUUUAUUCUUAGUUGUAUCAGCUUCGUCCUCAGAUUCCUCAGGGUCAUCAUCUUCUUUUGGUGGCUUAUCAUCAUCAGAUUCAUCACCAUCGUCCUCUGAUCUCUCGUCUAUAUCAGUUUCAUCACCUUCUUCUCCUUCAGCUACAUAUCCACUCUCAUCUUCAUUUUCUAGAAAAACAUCAAUUGCACUUGCUAUUCUCGCAGAAGAACACAACUCUGAGAUAUCACCAUUAACAUCCUCAAACACAUAAUUGAUAUUCUUCAUCUCCUCACUUGUUUCUUUGUACCAAAUCAAUCUUAACUCUGUUACAAUGCCUUCAGCUUUAUUGAAAUAUUGAAACUUCUUCCAGCUGAUCUCAGACAUUUUCCAUACAACAUUUUUAAAGCCUGACUCAUUACGAUAAAUAUAAUCAUCAGCUUCUUUCUUCAUUGUUCCACCAAAGUGGAUAUUUAGUUUCAACAUCUCUUCUUCACUGCAUUGUAAACAAAUAAAGUUUAUCAGUAUACACCAUUUAUAAAAAAAGAACAUAUCAAACUCAGAAUUAUCAUACAAGGUACAAAUCAAACAUAAUUGAGAUUUUUUUUCAGUGAAAUUUUUUUUGCAGAAGACACCACACAUGAUGAGACACGUAAAAUUGGAAUAAGAAGACUAAAAUAUUAGAACUAUCUUACUCCAUGUCGUCUAUAACAUACGACUAUCUCUUCCUCACUUUUUAGUUUUCUCUUUAGGUUUUCUCUUUAGGUUUUCUAUUAUUUUCUUUCACAAACACUUACGACGGCUCAACCCUACAAAUCGUUAGGAUCUUUAAUUACUCUCGUGAAUAAAAUAGAUAUAUAAUUUGUUAAGAAUAUAAGUAAUUACAAUAAAGCACAUGUUUUAUCAAAAGGAAACGGAGUUAGUUACGACGUUAACAGAGUUUAUAAUUCUGUCUAUCCAAAUAUAAGACAAAACACGUAAGCCACUUUUAGAGUUUUUGUUAAGAAUGCUGUCAGUUUUAGGGUUUAUUGUGGAAACAUAGUAUUUGGAGGUUUAAAGUGGAAGUACUUGACACUUUGAAGGUUUUUUGUGGGAUUUUCCCUUUUUUUUAUUUCAAAUAAUACAUAUUCUGAUAUCUACAAUGGUUUUUUUUUUUGCAUCUGAUUGUAACAAAUUUUAAAUGAAUGUCAUGUUGAAUCAUAAUGUUUUUAGUGUAUGUAACAAAUUUUGAAUUGAAAACCCUCAAAUUUGUGAGGAACAAAACUGCAAAGAAUAAAUUGUGGUAUAAAAGAUCUUAUAUUUACAGUGAAAUGAUAUAUUGUAAUUUAGGUAUGCCGAGCUUUUCAACAUAUCAUUUUUUUAAUAAAAACUAGGUUCGGAAUAUUUUUUAUUUUAUAAAUAUAUAACUUUGAUACAGUGCCGGUCCGGUCAUAUACGGCGCCUAAAGAGCACUAAAACUUUGAUGCCCCUCUUUUUCACUAUAAGAAAUCUUUUGAAUAUUAAUCUGUUUGUAAACUUUUGUUAAGUUAGCAAAUCCUACACCUCUAGUUUAUUUUUUAUAUUUAAAUUUGUACAAAAAAAAUUCUGAAAUCCAAACAACUUUUUUGAACAUUUAAUAAGUCUAAAAUUUUUCAGAAAUUUCUAUAGAAAAUUACAACUUAAGAAAUAGAGAAUGAAAACAGAUGUCUACUUACACGUAUUUUUGAAAAGAAACCUUAAAUAGAGAUUAGAAGAAGCAACUAUUCCAACAAAACAAGAUUAACGGUUAACUUUACGGCAAUGAGUGAAUAGAAGACAAAAUUACAUUUUUUGUGAAAGUGUGAAAUUGUUAAGGUUAAGAAAAUAAUUAACUGUUGAAAAGUGAAAAGAAAAUAAUGCAACUGUUAAGGCUAAGAAAAUAAUUAAUUAUUAUCUAGUUUCUUAACCUUUUCAGUUAUUAUAGUAUAUAUAUACAUAAAACGAAAUUACAUUUUUUGAUCUCUAAUCAUAGUUUACAAUCAAAUCUUUUUACGUAUUGUGACUAUCAAAAAGACAAAAAUAUCGAUAAACACAAAAAUGGUCAAAGGAGAAGUCGAACUAGCGGCAACAGCUUACAUGAUUAUCAUACGUACACCACUACACCAAAACCAUCUCCUUGCAAAUGCUGCCCCUAAUAAAUUGAUAAAUCCUAGCGCCUAAAGCCCUUGCUUUAUGAACUUUAGCCCAUGGCCAGACCUGCUUUGAUAUUAUCAUAAUUUUUUAAAUAUAUGAUUUAGAUUUAGUUUUAUAUAUAUUUUAUAACUCUCUAAAUUUAUUUUUAAGCCUUUUAUUCAUUAUUAUUAAUAUAUAAUAUUUUGUUUAAUACAUUUUAUAUUCUUAUUGAUUGUAAUUACUUAUUAAUAUAUUUUUUGGAUGUUAUGGUAUUAAGUUUUUUGAUUUAUUUAUUAAACUAAGAUUUGUAAAUAUUAUAUUAUUUUUUUUAUUUUUACAACAUAUUUUGUUUUUUUGUGCGUUAUAUUUCAAAAUAUAGGAGAAACACUGGUGAGAUGACUUGGUAGUAAGUUUUUUGAUUUUUUUAUUAAAUUAAGAUUUGUAAAUAUUAUAUUGUUUUUUUUUUAUUUUUACAACAUAUUUUAUUUUUUGUGCGUUAUAUUUUAAAAGAUUGGAGAAACACCGGUGAGAUGACUUGGCGGAAAGCGUUCAGCGCCGCAUAAAUGACACCGGUCCAGCUAAGCCAGCUCGCUGACUUUCAAGCUAAGUGUUUAUUGGAGAAGACGCAAGUCAGAAGGUUCCACGUGGCGAAGAGACAGGGAGAGUUGGUGCUCUGCUGGCACGGAAAGGCACUUGUUGCCAUGUUAGCUUGGCGCUUUUAGAGAACCGUAUCAUAGACUGGUUUGGGUUAAGAAAAUGAUACAGAAUCGAAUUGUAUCUACUCCUUCGGUUUAUUCCCUUUAAUUUUGAAUAAAUAAAACUAUUUCGUCAAGAGACUCUGUUGGAGCUAGAGUCUUUAAAAUCAUUCAUAAGCCCUAUUAAGAAAAAGAGGAAAGAAACAGAGUUCGUCAAUUUGCUUAACAGAUUCCAUCCACGGCGCUUAUCGGAUCCGGCUUAGCUAGCGAGGUAGGGUUACGAGUACUGCUUUCUCCACUUGGUUCCAACAUCGUACUUUGUACAGCAUGCUGUUCCGUUGGCAUCGGGUUGCCAGUGUACUCCACUUUCAAGGCAAUUGAGAAUAGAGAUCAGAAUGAACAACAUAAAUGGCUUGUUUACUGGGCAGCUUAUGGUUCUUUCAGCCUUGUUGAAGUGUUCACGGACAAACUCAUCUCUUGUUACGUUUGAUACCCAAAAACUAUAAAUAAUAUCUAUUGCUUCUUCUUCUGAUGGACCUCAUCAAGAAUAUCAUAUUCAGAGUAUUGAUACUUGUUUGUUCACAGGUUUCCUCGUCUGGCUUCAACUUUCCACCGUAGAUGGAGCGCGAAACAAAUAUACAACAACCACCUUCGCCCUUUCCUAACACGACACCAAGCUAGACUGGUUGGACUCGUGAAUGAAGUAUAUGAGCAAAUGGUACAUUGUUUCUUCCUUCAAAACUCAAACACUCUUGAAACACACAACAUUUGCAGGUCAAGGUCAUUAGAUCACACCAAGGAGAGAUUCGUUUUGUGCGAUCAAUGAUUGUCAGAAUCUUGGGAUCAGUCAAUGAAGUUGCAUCACCAAGCCAACGACAAGGAUAAAUCUCAAACACUAGCCCUGAACCAGAAUCUGAAUCCGAUCAUGAAGACUAAUUGAACAACAAAUGUAGUCACAGAUUUGCAGCUUUUACACGCUUGUGUCAAACGAUUGUAAUGGUCAUGUAAAUCUCGAAUUACUUUUAGAGUGGUAAAACAAAUUAAGUUGUUGAAAAGUCCCUA